AUGCCUGAGGUGACGCCUCCACCAGUUUCCUUCCUCGCUAAUGGGUCCGGCCCCUCCCGCGGUAUACUUAGAAACCGCGACUGUCUUGACGCUCGAUGCUCCCUUCCUCGAUGUGAUGCUUCUCUUAUGUCAGCCAUGGAUCGCUCUCCGGCGUCGAUGGCACCCAACAGCAACGCCAUGAACGCAGAGGCGAUAUGUAAGUAG